AGCCCGCCGCGCAGCUCGUCCGCCCUGGCCGGCCGCAGACCCGGACCCGCGGCGCUCGGGGGAGGCGACGGCGGCGCUCCAGGCCCCGGACUGGAAGGACCUUCCAGAAUGCCAGAGGAAAGUUCCCCAAGACGGACCCCUCAGAACGUUCCGUACCAGGACCUGCCCCACCUGGUCAACGCAGAUGGACAGUACCUCUUUUGCAGGUACUGGAAGCCCGUCGGCAAGCCCAAGGCCCUGGUCUUUGUGUCCCAUGGCGCCGGGGAGCACUGUGGCCGCUAUGAAGACCUGGCUCAGAUGCUGCUGAGGCUGGACCUGCUGGUGUUUGCCCAUGACCACGUGGGCCACGGGCAGAGUGAGGGCGAGCGGAUGAUGGUGUCUGACUUCCACGUCUUUGUCAGGGAUGUGCUGCAGCACGUGGACCUGGUGCAGAAGGACCACCCCCGGCUGCCCGUCUUCCUCCUGGGCCACUCCAUGGGCGGGGCCAUCGCCAUUCUCACUGCAGCCGAGAGGCCCAGCCACUUCUCGGGCAUGGUCCUCAUUUCACCUCUGGUGGUCGCCAGCCCCGAGUCAGCAACAACGUUCAAGAUUCUAGCCGCAAAAGUACUCAACCUGGUCAUGCCAAACAUGUCACUGGGGCCCAUCGACUCCAGCGUGAUCUCAAGGAACAAGACAGAGGUGGAGCUUUACAACUCAGACCCCCUGAUCUGCCGCGCAGGGCUGAAGGUGUGCUUUGGCAUCCAGCUGCUGAACGCGGUGUCGCGGGUGGAGCGCGCCCUGCCCAAGCUGACGGUGCCCUUCCUGCUGCUGCAGGGCUCUGCUGACCGGCUGUGCCACAGCAGGGGGGCCUACCAGCUCAUGGGCUCCGCCCGGAGCCUGGACAAGACACUCAAGAUCUACGAGGGUGCCUACCACGUGCUGCACAAGGAGCUUCCCGAAGUCACCGACUCCGUCUUCCAGGAGAUCAACACGUGGGUCUCGCAGAGGACAGCCCAGGCAGGGGCAGGGUCCCUACCCUGAGGGCCGCACGCCGCGCAUGGCCCUCACGCCCGGCACACGGGAGACGAGGGCAGAGCUGGCUUCUCAGACGUGGCUCGCAGAAAACCCCAAAGCCAAACCAAAACAAUUGGAGAAAUCCUUAGCACAAUUUACUUAAAAAGAAAAAGACGUCCUGGUCUGCCGCCGGACCUGCUUAAGGACGGGGGCCUCGUGCGUAGGAAAGGCCAGGCCGGUGAGAUGGCUGAGUUCCCCCCCACCCCCCGCAGGGAGAUGCCCCAACCGAGAAGCACAGCCUCCACCCACCUCCCCCAGCGCCGGGCGCGGGGUCACCGCAAUAACCCAGCCCCCUCACCACCCUCUCCCUGGCCAUUCUGGGCCUGAGCUGAGUGGCUGGUGGCAGGUCCCUGCGGCGCCAGCUGCCCCCCCCCCCCGGCACGUGCCCCGCACGCCCCUGGGACCCCGGGACCUCGUAGGUCCCGGCCGAUGGGGAAGUGGGCAUCCGGGCCCUGCCCAGCUGAGCCUGGCUCUCGUCUACCUUUCCUCCUGCCAGGAGGCAUGGCCGCCCGCGGGGCACUGUGCACAUCCCCCAGCCCCUUCCCCCCAACUUGCCUGAAUGUGGAGGAGAGCCAUGCGGAAGAGGAAUUUCUAAUAGAAAGCAUAUUCUAAAGCAGAGACGUAUGGGUGGGGAGGUGGACUGCACAGAAGCUAGGCCAGCCUUUCCCCUCCCGGGUGGGGCAGUACCUCCCCCUCCCCGUGGGCGCCUAGGAGGCCAUGGAACACGCGGUGUCCACCUGGGCCUGCAGUGGCCUGGGGCCCUCUGGUGGCAAGAGACCACCGUGCAGCCCCGGAGGACAUAAUGCAAGUGCCUGGCGACCCCGGGAGCCAGGGACGCCCCAGCGGGCCCCAGACCACAGCAGGACGGCUGCCCUCUCAGGUGCCCCGGCCCACCUGCCCUUGGCCUUGGCGCCAGCAAUAAAGGGGGAGCGUGCACCACCCUGCCCCCGCAGCGGCUCUUCCAUCUUUCAGUCAGGACUUGCGUUACCUCAAGCGUCUCAUUGGUGAGCUGUGGGGCUGCAGGGCAGGACAGGAGGCCUGCUCAGCCCCAGGGCAGAGCCGGUGCCCAAGCCCCACACAAGGUGCGCUUCAGGGCCCAUGGUCCUGCCCGCCACGGGCCCCUGCGUGGAGGCUGCUCCCUCCCUGAGUCAGGUCUGAGCUCCCAGAGCGUGGACCCUUGGCCCCGGCAACCCUGGCUGCACCGAUGCUGAAGAUCCUCUGGGGGGGCAGGUCGUGUCCACCGCCCAGGGCCUACGCACCCUCCAGGCAGAGGCCAGAGCUGACCCCGCCAGGCCCCUCUGCCCCGUGAAACCAGGCAGCCACGAGGCGUCGCUCCAAGCAGAAAUCUCUCUCGGCCCCAAGUGCUCGGUGCCGGGGCCUGGAGCUGCGACUCCGCUUGGCGCCCGAGUCUUCCUGUCUCCCACCGUCCCCACACCCAGUGACGGCACCUGCUUGGCCCAGGGUGUCACUCAGAUGCAUGGUAUUUUUUACAUGAAAGCUCUUGUAGAGAAGCAUUCAAACUCAGACAUAUUGAUGUCUGGUUAAAGGAUUCAUACUGGUAAAGGGGGUGGAGUGAUCCGGACUGGGACUGUUAGGUGGAGGGUGGAGGGUGGGGGUGUACUGCAUUGGUGGAUUAAUCUGGAGAUUCUGGGACCCGCCAGGUGCGCGCUGCUGCCUGCCCACUGCCCACUGCAGGGCGCCCUCUCUGGCAUGCCAAAGCUGGCAGCUCUGGGCUGACCGGAGGAGUGGGUUUGGCAGGAAUAACACAGCUCUGCCUGAGGGAGGAGGCUGGAGGGCAGGACCCAGGGCCCGGCUCCUGAAGAGCAUUCUGGGAGACACCGGCCGGGAGGGGUGUGGCAGCCCCCGCCCCACCUCAACCCACAAGUGCUCUGGGAAGCACCCGGAGCACUGCGGCUGGAGCACCUCCGCGGCCUCCCUCCUGUCUGCCCCACACUGUCCUCUCCUCAGAUUGUCACACACCGCUGCCUAGCGGGUCACAUGACUCCUACUUGUCACUGUCACUGCGGCCUGACACGUGUCCACGUGUGUCUGCUUAGAAAUAUUAAAGGAACCAAUGUGCGCUUCUGCGAA